CUUAAUUAAAAAAUUUUUAUUUUCUUGGUAAACAAAUUUAUUUCAUUUUUGUAACUAAAGAAAUAUCGCAUGUUUAAUAACUAAUUCAAAUAUAUUCUAAUAUAUAUAUAUAUAUACAUAUGUGAUUUAAUUGUAAUGAAAAAAUCAUUUUUGAAUUUUUUAUAAUAGUAUACGUUUUUUCUGCUCGACGUAAGCGGAAAGCGGCAACUUCGUUUUGAACAGCGGGAGAAAAGUUGACGCUUUUUGCCCGGAGGGAAGAAAAAUUACUUUAAUCCUUAAAUAAUUUAAACAAUUGAACAACUGUAAUUAUUAAUAUUGACCAAUUUAACGUGUUUAUUACAAUUUAUAAAGUACAUAUUUAUAAUAAUUUAAUAAUUAAUUUGAUACAAUGUGUGAUGUAGAGUUUAUUACAUAAUGUUUUUAAUACAAUUAUAUAGCUUCUUAAAACGAAAAGUAUGACUUAUUUGUAAUUGAUUUAUAAACACAAUAUAAUAAUAUUAUAAAUAAUACAGAUUAUUCGUUCCAUCUUUUUGUUAGAAUAAGUCUUAUGUUAUACAGUUAUAAAGAAAAAAAAAGUACUUUAGGAACUAGUAACUUAAUAAGAUUAGUUUCGAUAUAUAUAACUAUGUGUACCUUAACCUAACUUUUGGAUUAUCAAAACAAGCAUUUCCAAGUUAUGUUAUGUUAUCUUUGUAAUUUGUCUAAAAUCGUUUUACUUAAUAAAGUGUUUUAUAAAAAUUCUAAGAAAAUAUACAAUUAUAUACAGUAUUGUUAAUUAAUCAUUAAAUAAAUAAUUGUUGUAUAAAAUAUAAUUAUAUAUUUUUUGAAAACUCAAUGUUUUGACAUGAGUAAUAAAAAGUUAAAUAAUGGCUGGCUAGUGCCAUCAUUUGAUUGUGAUACUACAAAUGAAAAAUCUAUUAAGAAAAGAAAUUAUUCUCAAAGAUCUAAUGAUCAUAUAGAAAUUCUUCAUAAUAUUUCUAACAAAAGAAAAAAUAUUUAUAAUAUAUCAACAUUAUUAUCUAAUUGUGAACCAAAAACACAAGCUGAAUUAGUUAUUAGCAGGCAAAAGAAACAAGAAAUUUUAAACUGGUUGGAAAACAAAGCACAUAGAGGACAACCAACCGUAUUAGUUAUUUCUGGUCCAUCGGGUUGUGGAAAAACCAUUUCUAUCAAAUUAUUAGCAAAAGAGUGUGAUUAUGAAGUUACAGAAUGGAUAAAUUCGAUAGAUCAGUUAAUGGAUGAGAAUAAUAGGAUAAUAACACAGAGUGAUAAAUUUGUGGACUUCAUGGUGAGAGCUACUCGAUACAAUUCAGUAUUAACCAAUUAUUCUAAACGACUUUUAUUAGUUAAGGAUUUUCCUAACAUAUACUACGAAAAUAAAGAAAGUUUUCAUUCGAUGUUAGAAAAAUACUUUGAGUUAGGAAGAGAUCCUAUAGUAUUUGUCUGCACAGAUACAGAAGGAAAUUCUAAAUUAUUACACACUCUAUUCGUACCGCAUAUAAGAGAAAAAUUUGAUAUCAAUUUCAUUAGUAUUAAUCCCGUUACACAAGUAGCUAUGAAAAAUAUGUUGAAAAGAGUAUCACCGAUAUUAAAUUCUAAAGCUGCAAAUAUGUUACACAUAACUCAAGAACAUAUCGAUGAGAUUUUAUCUAACAGUAUUGGUGAUGCUCGUAACACUUUAUUGAAUAUCAUAUUUAUUUCACUUAAAGUAUCGAAAGAACUGAUGAAAAAUGAAUGCACUAAUCGUAGUGAGAGUUUGGGAUUAUUACAUGGAAUUGGUAGAGUUAUUAAUCCUAAAAGGAUACAAGAGGAAAAUUCAUGGAAAUUUGUUCAUAAUCCUGAUGAAAUAGCUGAAUAUUUUCAAUCACAAUCAACUACAUUCCUAUAUUUUCUUCAUGAAAAUUAUAUGAAUACUAUUAGAUUGAUUGAGGAAUCUGAUAUAAGUGCUAACGUUUUAAGUUUAGGUGAUGUUCUGAAUACAGAAUGGCGUGAUUUUAAUUUGAGUAAACUUAGUUUGUCUCUUUGCAUACGUGGUAUAAUGGUAGCUAAUGAAUCGCCUAUAAGUGGAUGGAACCCAAUACGGAAACCACAGUUUGACAAAAAUUCUACAGGAAAUUCUUUAAACGAUGCAGAAACUAAGUGGUACAAGUCACUAAUUGAUAAAGAUAAAGAUAAAGAUAAAAAUACAACGGUUACGUCUGAUGUUGAAAUGGAUGAAAUAAGUGAUUAAAAUAUUGUAUCCAAUACCUGAAAUUUGAAAUACGUUUAAAUAUAAUAUUUUUUAUUUUUGUA